GACUUAGGAUUUGGGAGUGACGCGGAUAUGAAAGCUACUUUAUCCCUCUUUGCUUCGCUAUGAAAAAAUAUUUGGACCAGCGACUGCCAGCGCCUAAUUAAUUAGCUAAUCAUGACGCCGGUUGACACGAUCUAGCCCGAAUGAGCCACACGCACGGGAAUGCGCAGGGGUUACGAGUGAUUUACCACCUCGGGACCGUUGGAGCCGCGGGCCGUCCUCCGAGCUGCGGGGAGAACUUUGGAGAACUUCUUUGUAUUCUCGGGGUCGUCGGACCGCUUCGGCCCGCAAGCUGAACAUGGACUGGGGCACCGAGCUUUGGGACCAGUGUGACAUCAUUGAGAAGCACACACAGUCCGGCCUGGAGCUGGUGGAGAAGUAUGUGAAAUUUGUGAAGGAGCGGACGGAGGUUGAGCAAAACUACGCCAAACAACUGAGGAACCUUUCAAAGAAAUAUAACCUAAAACGAAGCAGCAAAGAUGAGCCAGAGUGCAGAUUAUCCAGCUACCAGUCUUUUUUGGACAUCCUGAACGAGACGAACGACUACGCCGGGCAGAGAGAGCUGAUCGCGGAGAACAUGAUGAUGAACAUUUGCAUCGAUCUCACCAAGUACCUGCAGGAGCUGAAGCAGGAGCGGAAGACGUAUCUGAUGGAGGCUAAGAAGGCCCAGCAGAGUUUGGAGAGCACCUUCAAGCAACUUGACAAUAGUAAGAAGCGCUUCGAGAGGGAGUGGAGGGAAGCAGAGCGUGCAGCACAGUAUGCAGAGAAGACCGAUCAAGACAUCAAUGCCACAAAAGCCGACGUUGAAAAAGCCAAACAGCAGGCUCACAUGAGAGCACACGUCGCGGAGGAGUGUAAGAACGACUACGCUGCUCAGCUUCAGAAGUACAACAAGGAGCAGAGCCAGUUUUAUUUUAAUGAUAUGCCACUUAUUUUCAAUAAAUUGCAGGAUCUGGAUGAGAGGCGAGUACGGAAGUUGGCCCAGGGCUACAUUUUGUUCUCGGACACAGAAAAGCAUGUGAUGCCCAUCAUUGGCAAGUGCCUGGAAGGCAUUACUAAAGCCGGCACUAAUGUUAAUGAGAAGAAUGACUCCAUGGUUGUAAUAGAGCAGAACAAGUCGGGCUUUGAGCGUCCUGGGGAUGUGGAGUUCGAGGACUACAGUCAGGGCAUCAACCGAACCUCAUCCGACAGUAGCCUGGGCACACCCAAAGGCCCCAUGGACCUUCUGGGGAAGAACAGGAACAAAAACUUUUGGCUUUUCAGCAAAAAGAGCAAGCUCUCUCCCUCCACGCUCCCACCUUUCUCUACACCCCCCGCCCCCUCGCCUGCUAACGGACCCUCUUCCCCCAAGUUUGGCCGGGACCCCCUGUCGUACUGUUUGAAGGAGAUCAAUAAGACAGUCAAACCCAGAAUCUCUUCCUUCCGGACACUCAGGAGAUCGCCCACGGUGACGGAGGACUUCUCACAUCUUCCUCCAGAGCAACGCAGGAAGAGGUUACAACAGAAACUAGAGGAGAUUUGCAAGGAAUUGCAAAAGGAAGUAGAUCAGAGUGAGGCCCUGGGGAAGAUGAAAGAUGUGUAUGAGAAAAAUCCUCAAAUGGGAGACCCAGCUAGUCUGGCAUCCCAAAUCAGCCAGACGUCCCAGAAUAUAGAGCGACUGAGGGGAGAGCUCAACAAGUAUGAGACCUGGCUGGCUGAAGCAGGAGGUCGAGGGGAGACAUUGCGCUAUAAACCUCAGACAUUCAAUAAUAAUGGAGCUCACGACGUACAAAGCCCUGACGGAGCUCAGUCUGAUGAAAGCACUCCCGAUUCCUCCCAAGCCAUCUACGCAGAGUUCGACGACGACUUUGAGGAUGACGAACUAACUGCUCCUAUUGGGAAAUGCACAGCCAUGUACAACUUCCCCGGUGCCAGUGAAGGGACCAUCGCUAUGCAGGAGGGGGAGGUGCUGGCUGUGAUAGAGGAGGACAAGGGGGAUGGCUGGACCCGUGUGCGUAGGAACAACGGGGACGAAGGCUACAUACCUUCGUCUUAUGUCUCUAUCAGCCUAAACAAAUGACAGACACACCGGAUGGAACAACAAAAGUAGAAAUGAACACUUCAAAAAAACUGUUUAUGCAGUUUUUAUCCCAUGGGACCAGUCAUAAAGAAGCAACAGCACUCUGGACGAGACCAGGAAAGGAUCGACACAAGGUGUUGUGAUUUCUUGCAAGAGGUGCCCCAUAUGAGCAGACGGACGGUGCUAACAUUAUGUUCCUCAUGGCUCACUUUACAUUAUUGUAAUCGCAGUUAGCCAAAACCACCUGAAUCACAAAGUUAUUUUAAUUUUGAUUGCAUGUCUCAAAUUUUUUUUUCUGGUUUUGGUUAAAAAUUGUGCAUGGAUAUUAGGCACCAUCAUGGCACAAGUGCUUGCCUCGUACCGCGGCCUAAUAAGGCACACGCUUCCUGAAUAUGACAGGAAGAGGAAGGCUUGUGCUGCUGCCAUCUUGACACUGAGUGUUGAUAUCAGUAAUACAUAGGGGGAAGUUACCUCACCUGUUUACCUAUUUCAGAACUGACCUGCUCUGACCAUGACAGUCGGCUGCUGAAUGGAGAAUAUAAUCUGUUGCAAUUUUUUGGUGUAAAGCGUGCCACUGUCUAGUUUUAGUAGCACUUUGCGAAUAUGCAUGGCACCGCCACUUUGCUCACGUUUGGAGAUCUGCAGUGUCCCGAGGGGAUGAGUGAGGUUUCGGGGAGCGUGACUCACAUUUUGGUCGCGUCCAAAGGUGUGGGCAGCUCUCCUGUCGUGGUGAAUCGCAUGUACACAACAGUACAAACACUUUUUUUUAACGUUCUGACAAUCACAGCCAUAUCAUAAUGUAAGUUGAGUCAAUAGCAGUAACAAGGAUAUACAGUAGCUGUUAUAGUUACAACCUGAAAAUUGUACUAAAAUAAUUUAUUACAAAUGUUCUAUGAAUAAUAUUUUCAAGUUUGACAGAAGUUGUACUUUUGUAUCAAGGAUGUUCUCACAUGGUUCUCUUCCCCUUGCACACAUAGUGGACAGUCUGUAGCCACAAAAGGGAGUAAAAUGCACACAUAGAAUGUGCUACAUUAAGACUAUUGUAUUUAUGUAAUAAAUAAUAUAUAUUUUAGUUAUCACAACACCACUAUUGUCUUAUUAGUUUUUUUAACCAUUCAAUUAAAAAGAUAGUUACAUUGCGAGAAAGCAAAAAAAGUCUCUCAUUAUGUUGCUAGUAAUGUUUUUGUUUGGAUUUACUUCACACUUUUUCAAGCUGAUCCACGUCAUGUUUUUACGUCGUUAUUGAGCCAGCAGGAAGCAGUAACUGCUCACGUGUCUUUGGUGCCUUUCUGGUUAAAAGCAUUGUGUAUAAACCGUUUUUUCUUUUGCAUAUUUCUUCUUCUUUUUUCAAGACACUUUUUUGAAGACAUUUCAAAGUUAGAAAUGGUCAUGUCAUUUCUGGACUAAACAUAAAUAAAUAUUUGGAACAAACA